AUGGAGGAAACGGCAGAGCCUUUGAUCGAAAAGAGGCAGAAAGGGAUAUCUGAGGCUUUUUACAGAGAAGCACCAUCUGAUCCAGGGCGACCGUCGAGAACAAGGUGGCUGCUGUGUCUUUUGCUCCCAUUAGUGUUGGGCUCAGGUCUCAUCUUGGUGGUCACCUCGCGAGUUUUUACUUCCUGCCAGCCACCUCAGUCUACGACACUGGACACAGAAUCGAGCGACACUCAUGGAAACGGUUUAUAUGAGCGCGGUGUUGCCGCCACCUCUGCAACAUCUGCGGCAGUGCUUGAAAACUUCCAGGUUGCGCAACCCGUCUUGACGCCAGAAGGGGCUACCUCAUGCUCAGUGGUACUGAUGGAUCACGUUUUUGGGUACAGCUAUGGCGUACCGUUUGUUGGGGAAUACACACCGCCCAGUUGCCAGUUCAACCGGGUCGUGAUGAACUUCACCGUCACGUCCGAGGGCCGGCAGUUUGACCGGCUAGCACUGAUGUACCUUAACGACACGGAAGUGUGGCGGACCAGCACUGCUGAGCCGGUUGCGGCUCCUGGAAUCCAAUGGGUAUAUAACAAGGACAUGACCGAGUACCUGUCGUUGUGGAGGUCGCCACAGAAGAUCAUCUUCGAUCUCGGCAACAUCGUCAACGACAAGUACACCGGCUCGUUCAACACAACCCUGACAGCAACCUUUUUCAUGUCAGACGUGGAUACCGGUGGUGCUUCGCCGAGCGAUCUGAUCAUCCCUAUCUCUGCGCGGAAGAGCGCGUCUAAUGAGCCCAGUCUGUUCAGCCUGCCAUCCGACAACGCCACCAACACGGUCAGCUUUCCCCGCAACGCCAACCGGGCCGUCUUCUCAGUGUCAGCCAACGGCCAGGCCGACGAGGAGUUCUGGUGGAGCAACGUGCUGCAGAGUGACGUCCUGGCCUUUGAAGCCACGGUUGGCCAGUUCACCGGCUACAGUCCGUUCCGCGAGGUGCAGGUCUACAUUGACGGCCAGCUAGCCGGGGUGCAGUGGCCAUUUCCGGUCGUCUUCACUGGCGGUGUGGUGCCCGGGCUACACCGACCGAUCGUAGGCAUCGAUGUCUUUGACCUGCGUGAGCAUGAGAUCGACAUCACGCCGUGGCUGCCUGUUCUCUGCGACGGCAAUCAACACACAUUCGCCAUCGCAGUGGCAGGACUGUCUGAUGACGGUCAGACAGCUGCAUCCCUGACGAAGACGGUCGCCUCCAGCUGGUAUGUGACCGGGAAGAUCUUUGUCUGGCUGGACGACGACGCCGACUCCGUCACCACCGGCAGCGCACCGGCCGUGAGCCUGCAGGCGCCGGUCAUUCACGUGUCCCAGGACGUUCUCACAAACGCGACAGGCGCCAACGAGACGCUGCAGUACACGGUAUCGGUGUCGCGCGCGUUCAGUGUCCACGGCCGGGUGCAGUCGGAGAAGUCGUCGGGCGCGGCGACAUGGUCGCAGGCCUUGUCGUUCUGGAGUCUGGGCGUGGUAUCGGACUAUGGCUACGACCAGGUCAACACCUUUAGCAUCCGCGGCGAUGACACGGCGGUUGUAGGCGGCAAGACCAUCUACCGAGCCGGCUACCACUAUCCCAUCACCUGCAACACGACGACGAACUAUUCCGAGAUGGGAAACCUGACGCUGUGGGCCGAUCUGGACCAGGGACUGGAGCUGCAGGUCGUCGGCGCAGCCGUGUUUCCCACCGGGCUGGAGGCCUUUGCAGCGACGACAGGGAAGAGCUUCUCGGGCGGUUCCGUCUUGAGUACCCACUUCAACGGUACUGCGCUGUACUCCCAAUACGGCGACGGGUCAAAGGCGACUGGCUACGGAUCGACGAGCCAGGUGUUUAGCUUUGGCGGCCGGACGGACUCGACGGCCGACGUCCCGCUCUACAGCCGCAGCGUAGAGGCUGUCAACUCGACAGUCGUGUUGGACCAGGAGUUUGUCGCGGGCGGCCAGUCGGUGACAAUUGUCGACACUGUCCCAUCUGGCUGGGCUUCGGGGGCCAAGGAGAGCUAUGCACAGGCGCCGCUGAGCGGCGGCACCGGUACGCGUGUGUUCAUGGGACGCGGCGGUGCUGAUCCGGCGGUGGCUGUGACUGCCAAGAGAGAGGCCGUGUUGAGUCUUGAUGCGGAAUAA